GAGACCACGACUGUCAUAAUUCAUAAACAUAUAUAAACCAAAGAAAUAUUAUAAACAGAGGUUGCACAUGGAGAUUAAGAAGAAGACCCGAAUCUUCUGCAGGCUCUACCUUUUCAUCUUUUUCAGCUUCAAUGCUCCAAUAAUAUUGCUUGCUCAACUCGAUAAAUCUCACGUGGAGAUUGAUGUUGGAUUGAUCGUUGAUAUGGGUUCAUGGGAGGGGAGGAUGAUGCAAAGCUCCAUUUCCAUGGCAAUUUCAGAUUUUUACAGUGUAAAUGGUUACUACAAAACAAGAAUUGUUCUUCGCACAAGUGAUUCCAAAGGACAACAUCUACUUGCUAUAUCUUCCGCUUUUGAUCUUUUGGAAAAUUUCAACUUGAAGGCAAUCAUAUUCAUAGGUGCACAAUCAUCAAUGGAAACGAAAUUUUUGGGUGAGCUAGGAGAUAAAGCUAAAAUCCCCAUUAUUUCAUUUUCUACACCUUCAACUUCUCCUUUCUCAAACAAAUUAUACCCUUAUCUAGUCCAAAUCGCACAAGAUGAAACCUCUCAAGUAGCGGCCAUCGCUGCCAUUGUUGAAGCAUUCAAAUGGAAAAAUGUCAUUACGAUACACGAGGACAGUGAUGAAUGGAGAGUUUUUAUCCUGCAUUUGGUUGAGUCCUUGCAAGAUAAAAACAUCCAUAUUGCAUACAAAAGCUCGCUUGCCGUCUCAUCAGCUGAUAAUCAAAUCAAUGAAGAGCUGAACAAACUCAUGGCAUUCGGACCAACGGUUUUUAUUGUGCAUAUGUCACCUAUUCUCGCAUCUCGUUUAUUCAUGAGUGCAAAGAAAUUAGGAAUGAUGAAAAAAGGUUAUGCUUGGAUCCUGACUGUAAAUAGUAUGAAUAUGAAUCACUUGCAUUCCACAAGAUCGUUUGAGGUUAUGGACUCAAUGCAAGGAGUGAUCGGUCUCAAAUCCUAUGUUCCACCUUCAAAGGAGCUACACAAUUUUACUUCAAGAUGGAGAAAAAAAUUUCUUCUUGAAACCGAUAUGGAAGUAAUGGAGUUAACCCCAUUUUGUAUAUUGGCAUAUGAUGUUGCUUGGGGUCUGGCAAAAGCAGUUGAAAGGGCAAGGCCUAAAGAAAUACUCCUUAUAGAAAUACUUCUGCGUAGUAAUUUCAAAGGUUUAAGUGGCGAUUUUCAAUUUAUUAAUGGGAAACUAGAUCUAAAUGCAUUUGAGAUAGUGAAUAUGAUAGGAAAAGGGGAACGAAGAGUUGGGUUUUGGACUCCUGAAGGAAAAAUUGCUGGAGAAUUAUAUUCAUCCAUUCAUGGAAGAGAAUUAUCAUUGAGUAAUACUUCUGGUGGACUUGAAGAUAUUAUAUGGCCUGGAGGAUCUGCUACAAUUCCAAAAGGUUCAGUCACAAAAAUGAGCAUCAGAAAGCUUAGAAUUGCUGUUCCACGAAGUGUUGGAUUCCCUGAAUUGGUGAACGUAGAUCGUAGAUCAGCAACAGGAUUCUGCAUAGAUGUAUUCAAGGCUGCUAUUGAAAAGGCAGAGCUUGAGCUUGAGCUUGAAGUAGAUUAUGAGUUUAUGCCAUUUCUGAAUGCAACUGGGAAGAAUAUUGGGACUUAUAGUGAACUUAUUGACGAGAUCUAUCUUAAGAAAUAUGAUGGUGCUGUUGGAGAUAUAACAAUGACGGCAAACAGAAGUUUAUAUGUUGAUUUUACAAUACCUUAUACUGAUUUGGGAGUUGGAACUAUCGCCCCAAAAAACAACAAAAACAUGUGGAUUUUCUUGAAGCCGCUAACGGGUGAUCUUUGGUUAUCAAGUGCUGGCCUUUUUAUCUUGACCGGCAUUGUCAUUUGGCUAAUUGAACGUCCUAUUAACAAUGAAUUUCAAGGUCCAAUAUCUCACCAAAUUGGAAUGAUUUUCUGGUUCUCCUUUUCAACCCUAGCUUUUGCUCAUAAGGAGAAGCUGUUAAGUAAUUUUUCAAGAUUUGUGGUGAUCGUGUGGGUGUUCGUCGUGCUUAUAUUGACUUCUAGUUAUACUGCAACUUUGACUUCAAUGAUUACAGUUCAACAGAUUCAACUGAACUCAAAGGAGAAUUAUAUAGGAUACCAAACCGAUAGUUCCAUCACCCGGGGAGUCAUUAGUAACCUAAAUUUCAGGAAUUCUAAUCUUCGACCAUUCUGUUCUCCUGAAGAGUAUGCUAAUGCUUUAUCAAGAGGAAGUAAGAAGGGCGGUGUCUCUGCUAUCAUUGAUGAGAUACCAUACAUCAAAAUCUUCCUUGCAAAGUAUUCUGCAGAUUAUGCCAUGAUUGGAUCCACUUCUACCACAAAUGGCUUUGCUUUUGCUUUUCGUAAAGGUUCUUCGUUGGUUCCUUACAUGUCUAGGGCAAUUGCAAAACUAAGAGAAAAUGGAAAGCUUAUGAAGUUGGAGCACGAAUGGUUUAAGAGACAAUCAACCUUCGCAUCUGAGGAUGAUGACCCUUCAAGCGUUGUGAAGCCUCUUACCCUUGAUAGCUUUCGUGGUUUAUUCCUCAUCAGUGGAGUCUCUUCAGCUUUAGCUCUAGCGGUGCUCUAUAGUUUUAAGCUUUACAAAAACUGGCACUUUGUGAAGAACUUUAACCUCAAAGACAUUAUGUGGGGACGAAUUAAGUUUGUAAAAGAGUAUCUCUCUAUAAACAACUAGAAAAUCGAUGUAAAAGAGUACCUCAGAGGGGCCUUGUGAACUUUAGAGUAGAGGUGUAGGUGUAAAUGAAUCUUUUUUUAUUUG